GAUACACACAAAAUGACGGAGAAGCCUAUGGCUCUUUACGUAACAAGCUUUUCGCUAUAUUCGUUGAGAAUAUGAGGUUUUCUAAUGAGUAGGAAGGGAAAGAAAACCAUGAUACAAUGAUGUGUAAUUAAAAGAAGAAAGUGAAUCAUCUUUUUUUUUCCCCUCCUCUCAUGGCACUGAGUUCUUUCUUGAUAUAAAGAAGGAAGAACUGUUGGUUUUAGAUGACAGUGGGACCAUUCGAGUUUAUGAUUUUUCAAUAUGUGGAAACCACUUCCAAACAUAAGACGUUCCACAUGGAAAUUUAAUAGGAGAAGAAGAAGAAGAAAAAUGCAGAUGGAAGAGAUUUCUAGAAGAGAAAAUCAGGCGAUGAAGUGGAAUGUGCGGGGAUCGUUGGCUGUCUUUGCUGGUUUUUUAAUUCAUGUGACCUUAGGUCAUUAUUUGACUUUUGGAAACAUGAACACCUAUAUCACUUCGUACUUACGUCAUCGGAUUGACAUUAGCAUCGGCUACAGUCGAUCCAUAUGGAUUAACGCCGUAUGCCUGAUGGGUCGUGGACUUGUCAUGAUGAUGGGAGGUAUGCUUGGCUCUCGUUUUGGAGCGCGUUGGACUUGCGCCUUGGGCUGUUUCAUUUUUAGCGGUUCAAUUGCUUUGACAUCUAUCUCCAUCAACAGUGGUUUUGCAGCUGUAGUCAUCACUUAUGGGUUAAUUCCAGGGUUUGGUAUAGGAAUAGCUUACAUUCCACCAUUCACAUUAGCUAUGCAGUGGUUUCCAUAUAGAAAAGGACUAGCCCUUGCUUUGGUAACAGCAGGUUUUGGAGUUGGUCCUGUAGCUUUCAAUAACAUUCAAACAGCCUUUGUAAAUCCAACCAAUGUUUCACCUGCUGAUGAUGGAUAUUUCACAGAUAAGGACCUUCUAGAUAAGGUUCCUUAUGUUAUGCUAGUCAUGGGAGGUGUUUAUUCCACUAUCCAAAUCAUUGCUUGCUGCCUGCUUUUUCCACAACAAGGAAUUACUGAUACAAAGGAAACCUCUGACUGUAAAGAGUCUGACACUGAAAAACUACCUCAAAUAUCUGAGAAGGAGGAAGUGAUUGAUAAGAAGUUGGAAACUGGAGAUAUUAGUAAUGGAAAAGGUGUACCAGAGAAGCUUAACAUCAAGAGUGAGAACAGUGAUAUUUCUAAGAGUGAAGUUGUACCUGGAGAUAUGGAAGUUAAAGAUGCUUUCAAAACAAAAGAGUUGUACAUUCUGGGAUUGUGUGUUGGACUUCUCUUGCAAGUGAUGGUGUAUGUCAUCACAAUGUACAAGGCAUUUGGACAGACAUUUAUCAAAGAUGACGUCUUUCUAGCAACCAUUGCUGGUUUUUCUGGUGUUGCUAAUGCUAUUGGAAAAACCUUCUGGGGUUUCGUAUUUGAUAAGAGUAGUUAUCGGGUUAUCAUGGGUAUUAUCACAUUUCUGUUUGGUAGCCUGGUUGCCAGUUUUCCAGCAACUCAGUUUGGGUAUAAGCCCAUGUGGGCUACAUGGGUGAUCAGUAUUUUCUUUGUCAGCUCGGGUAUUUGGGCUGUUGUACCUGCUGCCACAGCACAAGUUUUUGGGACCAAACAUGGUGGUACAAUUUAUGGUCUCGCUUUUGGGAUUCCAGCAGUUUGCAAUGUGUUUGGAGCUAUGACAGCUCAGAAAUUACAGGAAAAUUUUGGCUGGUAUGGAACAUUUAGCUACAUUUCCAUUUUGUGCUUUCUUGCAUUUUUAUCAACGUUUCUGUUUCCAUGGAAUCCGGAAGAGAAACGAGUAGCUUACCUUGAAAAAAAGAAACGGGUAUCCAACGAAGUUCCUCUACAAAAUGUAGCAUAAACUUGACAAAAUAUAUAUUUCUGUCUAACGUUAUGUCCUGAGUGAUAUGUGAUGACCAAAUUGAGUGACUGAUCCAUUGUGGCAGAGAAAAACUGAGUUUUGCUCCAUUAAUAUAAGAAAUUGGCUAUAUUUGUUGUUUUCACAAAGAACUUGGUAUUAAGUACUUGUAUAAUAGUUAUAUUUUAUCAGUUUUUAGUAAUUGUCGUUAGGUAACAUAACUUAUGAACAACAUAAACUUGUAGGUUUAUUACACCACAAUUAGAACAAUCUUAUUACUGAUUUAGGCGUUAGUGUUGAUAAGUUUUUUUCACCAAUACAUAUCAUACUUAUAUUACAACUUAGUUAGUUGUAUCUAAUUAAAAUAUCGCCAACGCUCAGAUUUGCAGAGUACUUGAACCAUCUGUGUGGAAACUUGGAUAGUUUUUAUAUUCUAUGAACAGUUAAAAUGUUUAUUAGAUUAAGUGUUCUCAGUUGUUAAAAAGUUCUACGUUCUGUUAAUGUUAAGUAUAGAAAUGUAUUCUUAUUUACGUUUCAAGGAAAAAUUUUUGUUGUUAAAUUUUAUUUUUGACAGGAAAUUACAAAAGUUGGAUUUCAAAAAUGAUUUAGAACGCAAUAACAACAAUGCUCAUUCGGUUACAGUGAAAAGUUUGUAUAAAGCUGUAAUAGUUGCAGUUUUAAUCAUGGAUACUUAACGGUGAACUUGCAACGCCAGUCCGGGGUUCAAUUCCCCGUGGUGGAUGGAGUGCAGAUUGCCAAUUGUAUAACUUUGUGCAAAAAAAAAAAACAACAGAGAAUGGCAACAUCUUUUCGGGAUAUCCUUUAAAAAUCUCGUAGCUUUCUGAGCGUCAUAUUACAUACAAAUGAUUUAUUUAUCACGUGAAAGUUUAAAAAUAACUACUUACAAAAUAUCUUUGAAAUU